CGAUUCGUCGAGGAGGGGCAAUUUUCACCCCACGUCCACCCGCCUUACUGCGCCGCGCUUCCUCUUUCCUCUCCUUUUGACUUUACGACUGUGCAACUUCUGCGACUCCCGAAUUUCUCACUGUCCACCGCUCUUCCUCGCCCAAAGCCGAUCUUCAACCCAGCCCCUUCUCUCGAAAACCUCUGCAAAAAUGGGUGGUGCAAGCCGUGAAGGUGGCAAGGCCAAGCCCCUUAAGGCCGCGAAGAAGGCCGCGAAGGACAUGGACGAGGACGAUCUCGCUUUCCUCGAGAAGAAGCGCGCCGAGGAGAAGGCUCGCAAGGAGAUGGCUGCCAAGGCCGGCGGCAAGGGACCUCUCAACACUGGUACCCAGGGCAUCAAGAAGAGCGGCAAGAAAUAAAUCGACUGCUGGCCCGAUUUACGAAAGCCCGGGGCGCGAUGGAGCGCUUUUCCUUUUUACAUACCUACAACGAGC